GGGUCGACCCAAAUUGAGGUAUAAAAACACAGUUCUAGGGUUUUGAGGUUGCUGAUUGCAUUGCAUCUCCUGCUCCAGAAUCCAUUUCCGACAUCACUAUGACUGCGGAGACACAAGAAGAGCUUCUUGCGAAACACCUUGAACAGCAGAAGAUCCAUCAUGAUGAGCCUAUAGUUGAGGAUGAUGAGGAUGAAGAUGACGAUGAUGAAGAUGAUGAUGAGGAUGACAUUGGUGAAGGUCAAGAGGGUGAUGGAUCUGGUAGGUCCAAGCAGACAAGAAGUGAAAAGAAGAGUCGCAAGGCAAUGCUCAAACUUGGAAUGAAACCUGUCACAGGUGUCAGUCGUGUGACAGUCAAGAAGAGCAAGAAUAUCCUGUUUGUUAUCUCGAAACCAGAUGUUUUCAAAAGCCCAACUACGGAUACGUACAUUAUAUUUGGGGAAGCUAAGAUUGAAGACUUGAGCUCACAGCUACAAACUCAGGCAGCAGAGCAGUUCAAGGCUCCCAAUUUGAGCAAUGUAGGAUUGAAGCCUGAAUCCUCUGGUGUUGCUCAGGAUGAUGAGGAUGAGGAUGAGGAUGAGGAUGAGAAUGAGACUGGUGUUGAUCCCAAGGAUAUAGAGUUGGUUAUGACUCAAGCUACCGUGUCAAGAUCGAAAGCAGUCAAAGCUCUCAAAGCCGCCAAUGGCGACAUUGUUGCUGCCAUUAUGGAGCUUACUACUUGAUGGUCAGAUUUGGUAGAAUAUUGUUUUGUAAACUGGAACUAUUUUUCUUUGCUGAUCAAAAUUUUGCUCUCCUUCAGUUUGAAAUAGUGGUUUGCCAGUGUACCUUUACUUCUAUUUUCUGUGUAAUUUUCUUAAUGGAAAACAAAAAAACUAGAGCCAUGUGCUGCGAUUGCAUGUUUAAUGCCAUGAAUGACAGGCAAAAUUAGCUAUAAUCAAAAUAUAUAUAUUUGGUUUUUAGAGUUUAA